UUUGUGGUCUAAUCAACAACAAAACGAGACUGAGCCCAUAUAACAUUUGCUACAGACUUAGUAAGCAGUUUUAAAGACAUAAGACAUAGAAGCCAUUUAUUUGAAACACAGAUCCUGUUGUUGUUGUUGUUGUUGUUGUUGUUGUUAUUGUUGUUGUCCGGCUGUUGUUUUGUUCCUGUACAAACGCUCUAGUUGUGGAUGAUGCUCAGGGAUGCGCUUCCUCCUGCGCUCACACACCUCAGACCACGUGACCAGCAGGCGCACAAAGCGGAGCCUUAUAAACGCCCGCUCCCUCAAACACACUCACUCACACACAUACACACACACAUACACACACACUCACUCACUCACUCACUCACUCACUCACUCCAUCGCCUGCCUGUCUGGCUUCACUGUGGCUGACACUGACAGUGUCCGGUGAUAAUUAUCAACAGCUGUAAUUUCUCACCGGCCUCUUGUUUGAUUGGAGUUACUGUGACCGCUGGUGAAGACUGACGACAACAGCGGGUGUAACUGGUUUACUCCCAGUUUAGUUCAAUUUUUUGUUUUGCGUCAUGGAUCGAUGCAAGUGCUGAGAAAAUCAAGAUGUGCUUUUGCAUGGCUCUAAUGCUGUUUCACCACCACACACCUCUCCACUGAGCAUCUCUACAGCCACAAACCAGCCAUGAAGUUGGCUCUGCACAGGGUAGCAGGCACCACCAUGAGCACGUUAACAACAGGUGUCCAGUAUCUUGGCUCCAAUGACGCCAGCUACGACGACCCAUCCAUUGACCCAAGCCUGAUCAAGAACAAAUUCCACUUUGAGAAACCUCGCUCUGCCUCCAUUAGUAACUCCCUCCCUGGACUUGUCCCUGGAAACAAGGAGGUCAUUUACAGUGGCCUCUCUCCCAUAUUCCCCACCAACAUAUCAGACUUUCUGCUGGGUAAUGGCACCUCUGUGGAGAGCGGAGGACCGGCACAGUGCGGAGAAGACUUUGUGGACAACAUGGAGUGUUUUAUGAUUCUGACUCCUGGUCAGCAGCUCGCAGUCGCUAUCUUGGCACUCACCCUGGGUACAUUUACGGUGCUGGAGAACCUAAUGGUGCUGUGCGUGAUCCUGCACUCGCAGACGCUUCGAUCUCGGCCAUCCUACCACUUCAUAGGCAGUCUGGCUGUGGCUGAUCUGAUAGGGAGCAUCAUUUUUGUCUACAGCUUCCUGGACUUCCAUGUCCUCCACAGGAAGGACAGCCCUAAUGUUUUCCUCUUUAAGCUGGCCGGGGUCAUUGCCUCCUUCACUGCCUCUGUGGGAAGUCUGUUUCUCACGGCGAUCGACCGCUACAUCUCCAUCCACAGGCCCAUGGCAUACAAACGCAUCGUGACGAAGACUAAAGCAGUCAUUGCCUUCAGUAUGAUGUGGACAAUCUCCAUCGUCAUCUCACUGCUGCCACUGCUGGGCUGGAACUGCAAGCGCCUCAACUCUGUUUGCUCAGACAUCUUCCCUCUAAUUGACCAGAAGUACCUGAUGUUCUGGAUCGGGAUGACCAGCAUCUUGGUCCUGUUCAUCAUCUACGCCUACAUGUUCAUCCUCUGGAAAUCCCACCACCACGCCGUCCGCAUGCUGAGCCGCAGCUCCCAGAGAAGCGUGAUUGUCUACACCGCAGAGGGGACUAAAGUUCAGACAGUGAGGCCCGAGCAGGCUCGGAUGGACCUCCGCCUGGCUAAAACCCUCGUUCUGAUCCUGGUGGCCCUCAUCAUCUGCUGGGGCCCGCUGCUAGCCAUCAUGGUUUAUGAUCUCUUUGGAAAGGUGAACGAUGUCAUCAAGACUGUCUUUGCCUUUUGCAGCAUGCUGUGUCUGCUCAACUCCACCGUGAACCCUGUGAUCUACGCCAUGAGGAGCAAGGACCUGCGCAGGGCCUUCCUCAACAUCUGCCGUGUGUGCCAAGGAGCGACGCAGACUCUGGACACCAGUGCUGAGAGUGACUGGAACAGCAAGAGUGUGAGAGGCACAGCAGGCGGGGCAGGGAAAGAUGGAGCCGGCUGUGGAAACGCCCGAGUAAAAGUAGCCCAGGUUACCGUUUCUGGAGUGACUGAGACUUCUACUGCAGAGGCAGUUUAAAAGACGAGGUGCUCUGCUCUGGUACAACUGUGAAGUAGAGAUAUUGUAGAAUAGCCCUGACCCUAGUGCACUGUUCUGUGACUGUGAAAUGUGCCAAAACAUGACUUAGAAACAAACCUGAUGACACGUUUUUAUUGCUUUAAAGCUGAAAUCUAUAAUAUUAACAUGAUGUGCUCCUCUGUCUUUACUCUGCCACUGAGAGGGUUUGUUGGGUUUCACAAGUCUGAUCUAAAAUGCCUAUUUCAUGUUAUUUCAUUCAAUUAGUAAUAUAGUAAUAUUCCCAACAACUAGUUCAGUUGCUCAACGGCAUUUUUUUUCUGCAACAACCAUUGCAACCAGUUUUUUUUCAUCUUUGCUCUAGUUUGAAUGUGCAGAAUUUCUUUUUUUUUUUUUUACAGAUUUCAGCUUUAAGGUAUAAAAAUGUGGAACUUUCUUUUGUCCCUUCAGUUUUUUUUCUUUACAUUAUCAUAGCAAUAUUGUGGCAGUGAUCCAAGGUGAAACUGUGUCUACCGUCAUGCAAAAUGUCAGUUUAAAAUGACACCACACCACUGCUUGUAAAUAAAAUUUGCAUCUCAUUAGUGAUUUGAAAUCAGCUCCUGAUGAUUUUCUAAGACCAUGAUAUUGUGAAGUUUGGCAGUUGUUCAACUCUAAUGAAUUUUACUUUAUUUAUUUAUUUUUUUACUGUACUUUGCAAAGCAAAAUGAUGAGUCAUACUUUGAAAUAUGAAUGGCUUUUUGAUCACAUGAGAACUUAUGUCUGCAGUGAUUUGGGAAUGUUAUAUAGCUGCUUAUUACACAUGUGCUUAUUAAACAGUUUUUAACAGUUUUUGUGAGAAGCUACACUGCCAUAUUCCUGUGAGGCAUCCAUUGUGCCAUUGUGCUCUGUAAAGGUGUGUGUAAGAAAGGACAUGAAUUCAAUAAAUAUUUGA